CAACUAUUAGUAUUUUAUGUCCAGCCGCAUCAACCGGAGGAGAAAAUGAGCUCGAAGUUAUGACAUGUAUAUUGCUUUUAUCUCUUAUUUUUACCACUUCACAUGGGGAAAUGUUAUAUAAGAAAUUGACAGUCGUUGAUUCCAGUUGCCACAAUAUAGUACUUUAAAUUUGGUGUUCAGAUAUUUAAACUUAAUGGAUACAUACACGACUCAUUUGACGGUAUCUCAAGAAUGAUGGUAUCUUCCUUAUACAGUUUGGCGAUACAUAAAGUGGGGCAGUAUGUUGGAUGUGCCUCAUUAGAAACUGUCAACCCACCCUUUGAUGAACAGACACUUAAGCUGUUAGCCAGUGAAGCAUUUCCCAAAGACGAGGAACAUGUCAAGUUACUUACAGAACUAGUCAGUAACGGCAACACUUCAAACAGUAUAAAUUCAGAAUGGCACAAGGGGGCAUCCUUUUAUCAGAAAGGACAUGUACAAAACAUCAGACAAGUAGGUUUCAUGAUUGGUGCCUCUGUGAAAAGUAGCUAUGAUCAACAUCACGCCAUUGCAAAAGUGGUCUUGACAUUUGAAAGGCAUAGAAUAACAUCUACCAAGUGUUCAAUCUGCAAGGAUAUGAUUUGGUGUUCACAUGUUGUGGCAGUCAUCCUCAAAAGAAUUAGAAGUCCAGAUAAAGUACCUGUUCAUGCCCCUCUGACAGAUACACUUCUGACACUAACAAGAGAACAGCUGCAAAAACUGUUACAAUAUGCCAUAAACCAAAGUCCAGGGGAUAUAUUGUGCCAGAUAUUUGAGCAUAUUGAUAAAAUUAAGAAUCCUAGAUCUCUAAUUAGUCGUAUUCAAGGAUAUCCUGACCCGACUCUUGGAAUAGGGGAAGAUGAGCAAAAUACUGAUCAAUUACUGCUCAAAAAAAUAAGAAAGAACUUAGAUCAUGAUUUAGUUUAUACUGAUAACUAUGAAAGUAAGUUGCAGAGUACCAGUUUGUCAGAUCAAGUCCAAUUUAUGGCCUCAGACAAUCUCACACUAAAAGAAAAAAAUUUGAAGACAGCAAUAUCCUUGUUACGAAUUAAAGAUGUCGAUAUGGCAGGAAGGAUACUUAUACAGAUAGCCCAGGCCUUAUUUGAAGGUCCAAGACUAAGCCUGUCAUCAAUGUCAUAUAGAUUAGAUGUUGAAAGAUGGUUCAGCCUGUUUGUUUCUUCAUUUAAAGGACAGAUUCGACAUGACAUACUCACUGUUGCACUGGAUAUGAACAAAAGAUCAUGUAAUGCUGAUGGGAGUGUGAUUCAGAAGUUUAUAUUUGAAGACAUGCAAACAACAAUGAGAAGUGUUUCUUUAAAGACAGCUGGUAAUGUUAAUCCUAGAGAUUAUUUAGGAGAGAACAAGAAGGCACCUUUUUAUGAGCCAGUGUUAGCCUGCCUUUUACAAAACACACCUGCUAGUUUAGAAAAUCUAUACAGUCAGAAAGUGCCAUUAUCACAAAGUCUAUAUGAAGAAUCGUUGGAUGUGAUGCUUUUUCGCUUUGAGAAGUUGAUACAGAUUGACCAAUUUAUGAAAGAACCUUCAGUAAAAACUAAGACAUGUUUAUUAGGGGCAGUGAUCCUUAGAAAACUGAUCAAACUUUCCUCAAAGUUUUCUAAAGUUGGUUGGAAUAACAAUGAAAUAGAAGAAAAAGAAUCAAAAACAGAUUGCAUAGAUGUAGAUAUUUCUGACAUGUUACCAGAGGUUGAGGAUGUUCCAGAUGAAAUUAUAGAAGUCUAUAAACCAUCAGAGGUGCCAGAAUUUUCCAAAGAUAUGGACAAGUGGGUUCAGAUGAAUAUAAAAGAACAUUUGAUGAAUCUACUUCAUGCCUACAACUGUCAGCAACAUAAAAUCAAUUGUGCUGACCAAACCUGUAAACAAUUGAAGUCUCUCCUGACACACAUGCAAGCCUGCACAGAAGGAAGAUUAUGCAAAAACAAAGAAUGCUAUAGUAGUAGACUUAUUUUACAACACUGGAACAGUUGUGAAAGAGUUGAGUGUUCAGUAUGUUCUCAAUUAAAAGAGAAAGUUGUAAUGGCAAGUGUGAUGAACUAUGGUCAUGUGAACUGUGACAUGUGUAAAUUGAUCAGACAGAAUUACUGCCAUUAUACAUGUACUCUUCCAUGCUUGAUGUGUGCUGCUGGGAAGACUAUGACAAUUAAAGAAAAGGAUGGCAGCUUCUGCCUGCAUUUCAUACGCCAGCUCCAUGAUGAUAAUUGUUCAGGUCACACAUGUACAUACUGUAGUCACAUGAAGAAGACUGAGGCAGGAACAAGUUCAAAGUCCACAACAUGCUUCACAAUUUGUGACAAACCAAACUCUUGUCGACUUUGUUCCAAUGAAUCGUCUUUGAAUAAAAUAACAUUAGAUCCCGAGAUAGUGACAGAAUUUAUGGUCAAAAAUGACCAAACUUAUGGUGCUGCAUACAGGGCUAUAGGACUUCAAGGUUAUGGCAAGGACAUCCAAUCAGAUUUCAAAGCUAAAGAGACUGGUAAAAGUCAGUCACCCUACAGGGCUGGUGUUAGGAAUAAAAGAUUAAAGGUAGACCAUGGUACUGGAUGGAAAGACCAAGUUACCUUUGGUUUCAGGAAUCAUUUUAUUGGUAAAAUUGUACAGGCAUUAUUACCAGUAUCAUCACAGACAGGAGAGUUGGUGAUGAAUGCUACAGCAUACUGUACAAGAAUAGAACAUGAAAUAUUCCAGGAAUCAAGUUGUCAGGAAGACUACAUUCAUAUAAUCUUGAAUAGAUUAUAUUGUAUCAUAAAAAGCAUAGAACAGCAGCAUUUGGAUGGAGUAUCUGAAGAAACAGAUGUUGAGGGACCAAAGUCCAAGAAAAGGAGGAGAAUACCAGAUCACAGCUGUGAUGAUGAUGAUGAUGAUAUAGAAGAAGAUGACGAUGGAGGACUUACUGAGGAUCAGCUGAAGUACUGUCAACUAUAUGUAUCAACAAAAGUGCUGCAAACAGGAAAUAUUCUCAGUAUGAAACCCAUGAUUCAGGUGAUUGUCUUCACCGGUGCCUUCCGAGCAUUUGAACUAUUCAACUGUUUGGACUCUAGGGACAUUGGAGAGAGCAGUGACAAUUUAAAGAAAGAACUUGCAUCAAAGUUGUUACCUAAAUACCAAGACCAAGCCAUAUUCAAAGCAUUAUCCAGCUUGUAUUCCUAUGGUCUCCAGCUAUAUUAUGAAAUACCCUUAACCUUUACCUCAUUCCUGGUAACUUAUGGUGGACUAUUGAAAGAAGAUAAAGCAUUGCUAGCCAUUCAUGCUUUGACAGAAAAUGUCAGCCCUUCAAUAGAUACUAAGACUAAAGAAUUCAAUGGUAGUGCUAUAGAUCAUUAUGGUAAACUGAUGAAGGUUUUAUUCCCAACAGAAUUUAGCAGAUUUCAUAUAAAACUAGCAGAACAGUUCUUAUUGAGCCUUGAGACAGUGAAGGACAAGGCCUUUGUAACAGCUGCUGUAGAGCAUUUUAUGGACUACUACCAUCUAUUUCCAGAGGCACAGCAUAGAAUGAUACUUAUUAAUUUGAUGAUAAAGUUCAUUAAAGAAAAAUGGAUUUCUCGCUCUGAUAAAUAUUAUAACAGUUAUGCCACUAAAGUGUCCCAAACACUGAGGGUUUUAUUAAAUAGUGGGUUUGCUGAAACUAUAACUGUUCUGCUCUUGGAAAACUGGUCAACUGUAUGUCAAUAUUUUAGGCCAAAUGACAUUAAAGAUAUUUUAAAAGAUAUAGAGAAAGUUGUGCAGAGAAAUGAUGUUAAAGACACUGAUCAGCUUCUUAAACUUGUUGAAACUUAUCUGAUGGAAGAAUGUGUUCAUGAGAUCCAUUGCGGGACAUUGGUUAAGAUCUUUUACAAAGAUGAGAAAACUUUUGCAUCUAGAGUACUUGGAAAGAUCAGUGACAACAGAGACAACUACACACAAGCCUUGUUAAUGAAGCUGAGCAAAUAUGUCAAGGCUAUAUCACCACGUGCACCCUUUUCUGGAGUGUCUUCAGCUAGCAAUUGGUUACUUCUGAUGGCAUUAGAAGCUUGUUCAACGAAAUGUAAGACCUACAAGGUAGCAGGUUCAUCCGCCAUGACCUUAGAAAGUAGGGUUCAACUUUAUGAACCUACAGAAAAAGAAUUGAAGUACUUUGUACACUUUUUUGAGGUUAUAGCAUCCUCGGUUAAUACCAAUUUAAUUAAAACAAAUGAAUUCUUACAAGUAUUAGAGGAGUUGAAGAUUAUUUUCAUUUCAUCUUAUGAUGUUAUGAUGGAAUUUAUCAAUGUGGUAAAGAAGUAUAAGGUCCAGGAGAAAGUACUAAAGUUGCUUGAGUAUACCAUUGUAGAAUGCUGCCGUGAAAGGUUUACAGAAGAAGUACGCAGAAGUAAUUAUUGCAAACUCCACAUAUUAGUUGACAAUUUGAAAGAAGCCUGUCAUAUAUGUGAAGACAAUGUAACCAAUGGAAAGUUACGAUUUCAAGAGCGUGUUAUCAAUCAUUUGUUGGAAAAAUUCAAAACAAAAGAAAAAACAUGUGAGAAAAUCAAAGCUCCAUUCUCUUGAAGACCGAUUUGGCCUGAUUUUGAUGUGAGAUAUAGGUUUUGCAACUAUGUAACUUGUCAUGUGGGUGUCAAAGGAUGGAAUGUUAUUGAUGAAAUGUUGAAUGGAGUCACAUUGAUUUUUGUUCUCCAUGAAUUGGAUAAUUGUUGGACUGUUUCAUUGUUACAUUAAUAGAAAGUUUUUUGAAUCAAAGGACUGAUGUAAUGCUAUCUAUAUCUUAUUGAGAGAAAAUGACUUUAAAUUCAGUUUUAAACAAUUUUUUUUAUAAUUUUAGCAACUCCAAAAAUAUGAGUUAAAUUAUUGUGAAGAUUUUCAUUAAAUGCUGCAUUGCAAUAAUGUGAUUAAAAUUAAUUGUGCUAGUCGAUUCUUGUAAUUAUGUCCUCAUACCAAAAAAACCCAAAAAAAACAAAACCAAUAUGACAUGUAUGUAGAUAGUUGUUUGAUUAGUCCCACACUAAAGUUUAAAAUGUACAAAUCAAUAUAAACAACAGUUAUCGUCCUUUGAUUUUCGUUAUAUGGUCAAAUAUAGUCCCUAGUAUGGACAGUGUGUUAUAUGCCAAUCUUAUACCUCUUCCAAAUUUAUUUCUUUAUGUUUUAUUGCUCAAAUAGCAAGAAGGGGGAUAAAAUUACACUGAAAAUUUUGAUUCAUGAAUUUUAAAGUAAAGUAGUGAUUUGGUCAAGCUAAAAAAGGUUUAAAAUAAGCAUCUUGGAAGCUGUUAGAAGAUUUCAAGACCCCCUGAACAUAAAAUUGUCCACAAUUUGAGUUAGAGCCUAUGAAGUUUUCUAUAAUUUUGAUUUGAUUUGUCCCAAAAGUAGUACACCACACUGUAAAAAUAUUAUUGAGAAAGCACCUGUGGAAUUUUUUUUAUUUCUUUUUAUUGUCUAAAAGAAAUGCACUACGAAAUAACUGUGUACUUGGACCACAUUGCAUGAAUAUUGCAUGCUUUAGAUUCUCCAUAACUGAUCCCACUAUUUUCUUCAAGCUCGUAUAUUUUUUUCUUUCUAGAGUUUCUACAUAUUACAAAGUUUAAAAUAACAAAGCACUUAUAAAUUUUAAAAGAUAAGAAUUUAUAAUAACUCCUCUUGUAAAAUUUGAGUCAGAAAUAUCUUUAUUCUGAAGGCUCCUGUACACAUAUGAGAUGUGUAUACUGUAAUGAUUUCUAUUUAAUUUUUUUUUCUUAAAAUCAAAUGUUAAUGAACUUGGUCUUUCGUGGGAACGACAUAGGGGCAUUGUGUUUUUCAGUGAUAUUGACACAUUCUUGUUUAAAAAUUUCUUUUAAAAAUGUCUUCCGAAAUCCACUACAAAACUACUGUCCUUGGUGGCACUAAAUGGGAUAAAAAAAAAAAAUGAUUUUCAAACUUUUUGUCUUCUCGAGUUAUUAGUGCACAAUAUAUAACAUAUACAAAAUUUUUUUUUCUCAAUUUGUGGACUAUUCCAUCAAAAUGAAUGUGGAAGGGUUAGAAGUGGCUUUUUGGUCAUGAUUUAUUGGCCAAAUUGUAUGGUUGUGCAUUCAAUUCUUGUAAGCAAAACUACUAGAAAUAUUUUGGGUUGUGAAUGGAGGUAGGUAUACAAGAAGACUUUUAUUCUCCCAGGUUCAUAUUACUCAGAUAGCCCUGAAGUAAAAAAAAAAAAGAAAGGAAAAAACAGAAUAUGGUCAAAUCAUGUAUAUAUGUUACAUCAAGGUUGUUAUGUUUUUGGUUUAAAAGAUGUCUUAAGUGUGCAAUUUGGAUGUAUGUAUAUAUUUUUUUCAAUUGAGAAAUGUUAGAUUUUUAGGAUAUUAUGUUGUUUAUUUUUUUUCAAAUGGGAAAUCUUUAGUUUUUGAGGAUAUUGUUUACUUAAUUGAGAAAUGUUAGUUUUUGUGUAUAUUGCAUUUAUUGUUUUAUAGUUUAUUUAGAAAUGUUA